UGAUUGUUUGAUAAUGAUAACUUAAAAAUUUGUAUUUACUAUUUGUAUUUAGUAUUUACAAAUUAAAAAUUAUGCCAUUACUAUGUAGACGUAUUUAGAUUCAAAAAUAAAUUUACUAAUUACCUUUAAUAGUUAAUAAAUGUGAUUUUAUCUCAGUGUAAAUGAUAUUAGUGUUGUUUGUAAAGUAAUCUAUAUUCUAACCUAUUUGUCUAUAGUUACAUUUAGAAGAUAUUCUCUCGAAGCGUGUUAUUUGUCCAUCAAUAAUCAGUGUAAAUUUUAUUGACUACAAUAUCUAUAGCUAAAAAAGCAGUCUCAAGUUACAGAAAAUAUGAAACCUUCUAUUGAUAUAGACUCACUUCGCAGUGAGCAUGAAUCAGACGAACAAUGGCAGGUUCGUCGUAGCUUUAUGCUGGAACACAAGGACAAUUUUGAUGAGGAUGAAUUGGUGACUCUGGCACAAUUGUAUACAAAUAUUGAGUUCCUAGGGUGCAGAUACCCAGUAGAAACAAUGAAGCGAAUUGCCAAAUUAGCAGAGAAAGUAUCAGCUAAGUACAAGGAGAGUAGGAAAAACAAACUCAAACGGACCUUUGUGGAAGCCAGUGAUGCAGCAGAACAAAAGGCCAAACGGACAUUUAAACAAUAAAUUUAAUAGAAGAAUAAGAGUUAUUCUAGGACUGUUAAAUUACUAUUUUUUCUCUAGACUUUAUUUGAAAAUUUAAUUCUUUUGUCUCUAUGUUCUAAAAUAUAUAGAUAUUAUGAUUAUGAUAAAAUCUUUUUAGUCUGAAAUUCUAUGGUUUAGUAAUUAAAGGGUUCAUUGUUAAUACUAUACUGCAUA